AUUACAUGAGACCAUUUUAUCUAGCUAUUAACGAAAUGAAACUAUUUGAAGCUCCGUUAGCAGACGUGCUUCAGUUUUUCGAAGAUAAGAAUUUUAAGCUUCGUGACAACCGUAUUUGUGUUACGGUGAUAAUCCAAUGCAUGUAUUAGCUAUUGAAUAUUUAAAACGAUUUUUAAUCGCAUAUCGACAUGACUUUAAAUUUGCGCAAGUUUGGAAUAACAAACUAAGUCAUAAUUACGUUAAUUUUAUAAAACUUGCAGAUAAUGACCUAUUGGAUCUUCUUAUUUUUAUGAAAACCGAGGGAUUUUUAGAUAAUUCUUUCCUGUUCUUCAUGAGCGAUCAUGGGUCACGUGUCGAUAAAAUCAGAAACACACCAAUAGGUAGGCUAGAAGAACGACUACCAUUGAUGUCUGUUGUUAUUCCCGAACAUCUAAAACAAACAUAUCCGAGUUUGCAUGAAAAUUUAAUGUCUAGUAUAGAUCGAUUAACUUCCCCCUUUGACAUUCAUGAAACAAUGAUUGAUAUUCUUAACGAAAAUUUUCAACCAAAAGAAGUGGAAUACCCGUAUCCAAGGGGAAUAAGCCUUUUUAGACCAAUACCGGAAGACCGAUCUUGCGCAAACGCAGGAAUCGACGAACAUAACUGUGUUUGUUAUUCAUCAGAAAAAGUCGAAACAAAAAUGCCAGUUAUUCAAAAACUUACAUCGUUCGUUGUAUCCCACAUAAACGAGCAACUUCCUAAAGAUAUAUGUGCAGAUCUAAAACUGAAGAAAAUUCUCGCGGCAAAGAGAGUACACACACACCUGACUUACGAUCAACAGACCCAGAACAAGAAACCCUUAUUAUACUUUUUCUACAAACCGAAAGACGAUACUCGGGAGCGUUAUUUAUUAGUCUUACAACUCAGUCCAAGUGAUGGUGUUUUUGAAGCAACCGUAGAACACCAGAAUGAAAAAGACUUUAAUAUCUUAGGGGAUAUAAGUAGAACCAACAGAUACGGAAACCAGUCUAUUUGUAUCCAUGAUAUGCAUUUACGGCACUACUGUUACUGUAUUUAAAUCUAUUCAAGGAUAUAAGUAGAACCAACAGACACAUAAACCAGUCUAUUUGUAUCCAUGAUAUGCAUUUACGGCACUACUGUUACUGUAUUUAAAUCUAUUCAGGGAUAUAAGUAGAACCAACAGACACGAAAACCAGUCUAUAUGUAUUAAUGAUAUGCAUUUACGGCACUACUGGUACUGCAUUUAAUUUAUUCGGGAAUAUAAGUAGGAUAAAAAAAAUGGUUAUCAGUAACAACAUAAUAGAUGUAUACAUUUACGACAUUACUUCAGCAUUUUGUGUAUAUCAUAAAAGUGAAAUAUAUAAAACAUUAGGAAGUAAAUGCACGAAUUCAUGAACAUCAGAACGGCUAUGUGACAGCUACAGUCAUUGGUAGUUACUGACAUUUAUGAACCGAUGUAGUACAGUGUUACGACAGUUCAUGCUCGCGAGCAUUGUCAAGAAAGGUAAAUGACAAAACAAAACGAAACGUGAUUUAUAAGUUCACAGAUAAGUGGGAUUUUGUGUGACUAAAGGCUGAACAGUGUUUUCAUAUCAUAAAUAAUGUUGCUUUC